AUGGCUGAUUCUAGGAGCAUCCAGUUCAGUGCUGAACCCCUGUUCGUAUCUCCUGAGCGUCUGGUGCUCGACAACGACGUGAACGCUUUUCAGCGUGAGGAUGGGCAACAACAGAGCCACCAUCAUCAGACAGUCUGGGCCUCACAGAACCAGCAGCAGCAGCAAAGAUCUGACCUACCCUUGCACAACAUGUCGGAGUGGUCAUUCCCGACACAACAUGCUCUUCGGAACCUCCCGCCCACUCCCAUCUCACCCUUCAGACCAUUGAGACCACUAUCAGAGGACGAGAAGCUCGCCUUCCCAUGUCCUGGUGAUGCCGAUAGUUGCUGGAAUCUGGAGCUUUGUCCCAAACAUCGACAGUGCUCGCCCAAGUCGCAACACCAGCAGCCACCAGAUCAUCAGCAACACCAACACCAAUCCCUCCCGAAGUUCAACCACGCGAGAUCAAUGUCCGCAGCCCAAGUCCCCCAGAUCCCCAACCCACGUCGACGGAGCGCCCCGACCUCAGACCUCGAGCCACCACCAGCAAAGAUGAAGCGCAACGCAACAGAACCAGAAGAAACCGACCCGGAAAUCUCAAACUCCCGCCACAACAGCUACCACAGCUCCAUAACCCGCGACGCCCUCAAUAAAAACCGCGGCCGCGUCCCACACAACCUCGUCGAGCGCCGCUACCGCGACAACCUCAACAACCAAAUCGAAUCCCUGCGCCUCACGCUCCCCUCCCUCAAAGACGCCCAGCCCUGCACCGACAUCACGCUCGAAGACACGUCCUCCCCGCGCAUGCCGUCCAAAGCCGUCAUCAUCUCCACGGCCGCGACGUACAUCAAGGACAUGGAGAAUGAGCGCACGCGGCUGCUGGCGGCGAAUAAGGCGUUACAGGAGCAGGUUUGUGGACUGCAGAAGUUGGUGCGGUGUGAUGAUUGUAAUGUGCUGCAGUAUUUGAAUACGAUGAAUUUGGCGGUGCAGUUGCCGACGCCGUCGUAG